AAGAAGUUUAUCUGCACAAAUACAAUCAGAAAAUUUUACGAAGAUAUCAAGCUGCUGAAUAAAAUGGAGAAUAUGGCAACCACAGAAAUAUCCAAUAUUCAGCAAACAUCCUCUCCUUCACCCAAUAGUCAAAUGCAGAAAAGUACAGGAAAGAAAAAAACACAUCUCUGCUCAGACUGUGGGAAGAGUUUUACUAAACCAAGUAAUCUCCAGCGACACCAGCGCACUCACACUGGAGAAAAACCAUAUCUCUGCAAAGACUGUGGGAAGAGUUUUAAUAAUCCAAUUAGUCUCCGAACACACAGACACAUUCACACUGGAGAUACACCAUUUCAGUGCACAGAGUGUGGGAAGAAUUUUUAUCAACAGUAUAAUCUCCAACGACACCAACGCAUUCACACUGGAGAAAAACCAUAUCACUGCUCAGAAUGUGGAAAAGGUUUUAAUACACAGUGUGAUCUCCAGCGACACAAACGCAUUCACACUGGAGAGAAACCGUAUCACUGCUCAGAAUGUGGCAUGAAUUUUCAUCAAAUGGGUCAUCUCCAGUCACACCAGCGCAUUCACACUGGAGAGAAACCGUAUUACUGUUUAGAAUGUGGCAUGAAUUUUUAUAGACACAGUCAGCUCCAGCAACACCAAUGCAUUCACACUGGAGAGAAACCGUAUCACUGCUCAGAUUGUGGAAAGAGUUUUACUAAACAUUAUGAUCUCCAGCGACACAAACGCAUUCACACUGGAGAGAAACCGUAUCACUGCACAGACUGUGGAAAGAGUUUUACUACACAGGGUGAUCUCCAGCGACACAGACGCAUUCACACUGGUGAGAAACCGCAUCACUGUUCAGAAUGUGGGAUGAAUUUUCAUCAAAAGAGUAAUCUCCAGGUACACCAGCGCAUUCACACUGGAGAGAAACCGUAUUACUGUUCAGAAUGUGGCAUGAAUUUUUAUAGAAACAGUCAACUCCAGCAACACCAACGCAUUCACACUUGAGAGAAACCGUAUCACUGCUCAGAUUGUGGGAUGAAUUUUAACCAUCAGUGACACCGGCAAGUUCACACAGGGGUAAAACUAUAUCACUCCUCAGACUGUGGGAACAGUUUUAUUCAUUAGUUUUUUUUUAUACACCAGUUCAUUCAUACUGGAGAGAAACUGUAUCAGUGUUUAGACUGUGGGAUUCUCACAUUCACACUGGAGAAAAAAAAACGUAUCAGUGUUUGGACUGUGGGAACAGUUUUACUCCUAAAACUAUUCCAAGAUCUAUUAAUAAUGUGUAUAGAGGGUAAACUGUUGCAUAUAUCCACAAGCCAGAGAUCCUGAAGUAAAUGAGCUGGCUUAAUUCGUAAGAGGUAAAUACAAUCAAGAAAUCACUGAGUUUGUUUACUUCAUGUUGUACGCAGACCAUGGCGAUGUUACUGUCAUAUCCCAUGUUGAAUUUAGAGGGUUUAAGUUUUUUUAAUAGGAAAGUUGGAAAAAAGAAACCCGCCAUCCAUGCAAGAACAUAACGAUUGAUAUGAAACCUAAAUUUGAAUUUAGGUUUAAUGGUUCAGCUGGUUUGUAAAAUAGAAAAAAGUUAGUUUUAACUUUGUUGUUGCUCUGUACAAAAACACAACAGAACAAUACAGUUAACAUAUUCCAAAAGUACAAAUAGUAGCACAGUCCAAUAACUGUGAUGAUUAUGAGUGCAUGUCUAUGAUAAUAGGUUAAAUAUAACGUAUGUACAGUGGUGUGAAAAACUAUUUGUCCCCUUAUAGAUUUGUUUUUCAUUUGUUUUAUGUUUCAGUUUGUUAAACAAACAUUAAUAUAAAACAAAUAUAAUCUGAGUAAAUAAAAAAAAAACACUUUUUAAGUUAUGAUUUCUUUUAUUAAGGCCAAUUUCUCAUUUUUCCCAUUUCUAAUUUUUCAUAUUUAUCACACAUGGCUAGAUUGGUAGAUUUUGAAAUUAAAUUGCCAUUUAAAAAGUGCUUUUUAUAUUUACUUUGCCUUUGGUUAUCUUUGCCUGAUAUUAAAGUUUGUUUGACCAUCACAAAAAUUGAGAAACUGUGGAGAUUUCUCUUUCUCCUCUUUGCUGCAUGGAGAUGAGAACUGUGAACCACCAACUGAUAAUUACUUUUUCUCAGCAACAGAACUAAACUGAUAUAUUGAUACAUGCUAUUUUUUCUUGGUAAAGCAAGCGGUUUAUUUACUGAUAGAUUAAAGCAUAGUAUCUUUUGAUUCUAUAUGUGAUACAUACUUGAGUUCCUGUGGUUUUAUCCUCUCACAGAGUGACUAACCCGACUCAGCACAUGCUGUUGGACAGAGGUGACCACAACACUCUACCAGAGGUUUAAAAGACGAAGUGCAGUGACUGCAAGCUGAGAUCAGACUUUUCCAACAAGCUUUAAAAGAGUCACUAAACAGAAAAGCAGCUUGAACAAUAAGGCCAACUAAGUAAGAUGGAAUGGGAAGCUUUAGCUGCUCACCACACUCCCACUUGAAGCACUAAUAAAAAAAAAAAUACAGUGACUUAUUAUAUGACAUGCAUAUUAAGUUUAAUAAACUAAGUGUCCUGAUCCUCAACAGGAUCAUUGCAGCUGUGAUUGGUCCACCGGGCCACACAUUCCCGCCUUAGAAGUUUAAACUGCCGAGUGAUGCAAAGCCGCUGCGCAGAAGUAUAAACACGCUCUGCUGCAUAGCGCACUCUGCGUAGGUUACGGUGUAGGUUUGAAGCAGAAGUAUAAAUUGGGAGUUACGGUGAUGUUUCUCAGAGCAAGGCAUCUCUGAGCUGAUGUAUCAGGACCGAGUUGCUGAGCUGUCCUCCGAGCGCGCUGUGAUGGUAUUCGGCAAUGCAGCAUCAGCAGCUGUUUUGAGUGUGUCCGUGAAAAAUCUUUUUGAAGGGCCGUAAGACUUUACCCUACCCCUCAAGCCAAACAAGAAUAGGGACACCCCAUCCCUGGACGUGCACGUGCUUUAAAGGUGGGGUAAGACUAAAUGAUGGCGCCAAGGGGUGAAAUGGGAUUGGGCCUUCUAAGAAACACUUUUUGGGGCUGUUCAAAAUGUUCUUAGCAGGGGCGCCGAGUGGUCCAGCAGUCUAAAGCGGCUUUGCCAUCAGCUGCCAGCGUUCAGAGCGAGUAAAAUUGGCCUUGCUCCUUCCGGGUGGGUAGAUGGCGCUCUCUCCCCACAUCAUUCCAAAGAGUGAUGUCCACAGCACAGGACAGGACCUCUGUGAGCUGAUGUACCGGAACGGAGUCGCUGCGCUUUCCUCUGAGCGCGCUGGCUACUGGGCAAUGCUGCAUCAGCAGCAGCUCGAAAAGAAGCGGUGGCUGACUUCACAUUUGUUGGAGCAGGCAUGUGUUAGUCUACACCUUCCAGGUGUGUUGGGGCAUUACUGGUGAUGGGGGAAGGCCUAAUGAGUGGGUUGGGUAAUUGGCUGUUCAAAAAAUGGGGUGGAAUUUGUUUUUUUUGUAUUCAACAGCUUUCUAUGAAUUCUGUAUUGACAUGUAUGCUGGCUACUAUCUGUGCCGUAUGUUUCUUAGUGUUAAUAGCAUGUUUCAUAUUCAUUUGUAUUAAUGUGUACAAGUUAAUUUGCUUUCCAAUAAACCAUUAAAAGAGA